AUGGCUCAUCAGCACUCAGAAUACGCAGUGUUUUCGAUCCCAGACUUUGAUCCUAAUGAGUACGCUAACGCCGUCCUCGCUGGGGAGCCAUAUCCCCCGCAAGGGAAGUCCAAGCCUGCACGAAACACCAGCUUCGAACCCGCUGUCGAGGACGUGUCCGUGGCGAUCUCAAAGCUAAACUACAGCAUUGAGGAUGUAGACAAGCAACUCAAGAAUGUGGUCACUGCGCAUCACGAAGAAUUGUUGGUUCAGGCGGCGGGUGUUACUGAACUAGAGGGAUCCUUGUCAUCAGUACGGAAUGGACUUAACGAGCUCGACUCAUAUCUCGAAAAGCUUCGCGCGAAGAUCAGGAUGCCGUACCAAUCCCUGCAGACUAAUGUCACUAAACUGGAGCAAAUACACCAGGCGUUAGAUAUCCUCCGCCGCAUGUCGCGCUUUGUGAUCCUCACCCGCAGGCUGGAAGUCCAGCUUACAGAAAUGGACAAGAGUGAAAGCGCCGAGAUAGACACUGGGAAGACAUCCAAGGAGGUCAGCGGAUCCUCCAGUGCUUCCGACGCCAAUCGCUCCGGUACGCCGGCUUUGGCUGACAUCGAGGAUGAGAAAGAACGGACCAUCGCGAAAGCUGCUCUGACUGUAGCUGAACUGAGUGAGAUAUCCCUUGUUGCUGCCCACCUCCCCUAUGUUGACUCCGCACGAGCACGCAUAACAUCCGACAUGGAGGCCAUGAUCAUGACAGGUCUAGGCGAUCUAAACCAAUCUCUCCUCGCGUCAUCCCUGCAGACCGCCCACAAUCUGCGUGUUCUCCCUGCACUCGUGCAAGACCUGGUCACGGACUUAGCAGAGGCGGUCGAUGGCCGGAUUCGCUAUGCGUUUGAUUUAUCCCGCAUUUCCAAAGAGGUGCUUACCAAAGGCACUGCCACGAAUAUUUCGGACAUCACAGAAGGGAAUGCGGCGUCCCAUGGGCUGAUGUACAAGUCACGCGUACGAACAGAACCAACAAAUGUCACUGCGCCACAGUAUACUGCAGUGUUGUGGAGUAGUCUUGAGGGCCUCAUCGAGGAAAUGACAAGCUGUUGUGUCAAAGUGUAUGCUUUGGAGAACGUGUUGAAGCUCAAACGUGAUGCCAUGACACAAGUCGUUUUUCUUGACGAAGCGAUGAAGAUUCUCGAGAAUAAGCCUAGUUCCAUAUUCUGGUCCUCUUUAGGCCGUUCAUUGGAGAAACAUGCACGAGACUCUGCUAAAGGUGAGUGUUUUAUCCAGCAAACUCUGAGCUCAGGCUAUCCGCGAUUGCUCCGCCUCUUUCACUCGUUCUUUGCCAAGAUCGCUGUGCAAACAGACACUGUAUACACCCAGACACAGCAGAGUCCAGAGACCGUUAUCGUACUGCGCGCUGUGUCGAACUUUGAAUCCCUCUAUCUCUCGCGCUCGUCGAGUAGGCUCAACGAAGUGGUCGGACAGGCCUUCUCCAACGGGUCUCGUUCGCCGCCGGGGAUGUCCGAAGGCGUCAAUAUCGCGCGCACUGUGGCCAACGAGCUAGACUCUGCUAAAUUCGACCCUCUUUUGGUACGAUCUGUUGCGCAGCAUGUUGCAACGGCUCUCGACAUGUUACUAUCCAGGGCCGACGGUAUGGCUGUACGCGAGAGAUCGGCGACGCUGCUCGUGGGGCCGACAGCCACUCCGUCGCAAGUUUUGAACGCCCAGCUCGCCACGUGUCUGUAUCAUUGCUUUUCCCGCCUGGAGAAGCUCCAGGAGGAGUACCCGGAGGGCGUGCUCUCCUAUAUCCGCCCGAGCAUUCAGAACCUCAAACGCAGCUUUGAGCGCAUCAUCGACCCGCUUCUCGCAGCAAUCCGGCGCGAACUGGGCGCGAUCAUUGCGAAACUGCAUCACCUUGAUUUCAGCGACACGCUCGAUCCGCUGUCGGCUAUGGGCGGCGGUCCAAGUUUAUACAUGAAGGAUCUCGUGGAAAAAAUGACCUUUGUGAAGGCCGAAAUUCUGAACCAGUUCAAUGUGCCGGACCUCAGUCGGCAUUGGGUUGUCUCAAUCGUGAAAUACGUGAUCAAGACCUUUGUACUGCAUGCGUCGAUUGCAAAGCCGCUCGGCGAGAGCGGGAAGCUGCAGCUCACAAGUGACAUGACUGAGCUGGAAUUCGUCCUGAGCGCCUUCAUGACCGAUAAGUCGCAGCAACAGAAUAAACGGGGGACCGAUUGGGAGAGCGUGGGCGACGACUACCGCGCGCUUCGUGCAAUGCGCCAAUUGCUAUUCUUGGAAGACACGAUGCUGGCUUCCCCGCCGCACACGGCGGGUCUCCCGCCACUCCUCGUGCUACACCACAUCCUUGUGCGUUCACCUAUUCCCUUACCGCACACUCUGCACGGUUGGGCGGAGGCAGAGUAUGUACGCUGGGUCAAUGAGCACUCAGAGGAGGAGGCGUGGACCCUGGUAGAUGGCGAUCUGACACAUUGGGAGAAAAUAUCCGAGGCUGAAGGGAAGGACUCUGCGGAAGCGAGGGAGUACAUCCACUUAGCGCGGAAAGUGUUGGCGAAUGCGAGGACGAGUACUUAG